AUGCUUGAGGCAUUAAGAAUUGUUUUCUUGUGCAUUGCUACGAGUUACAAAGAAUUACAACUUGCGACAGAAAAUUUUAAUCCAAGAAAUAAGAUCGGGGAAGGAGGCUUUGGUUCCGUCUACAAGGGGAGGCUAAAGGAUGGCUCCUUGGCUGCUGUAAAGGUUCUUUCUGUCGAGUCAAAGCAGGGUGUCCGUGAGUUCUUAACAGAGAUAAUGACGAUAUCAUGCCCGGAACAUGAGAACCUGGUGAAGUUGUAUGGGUGCUGUGCAGAAAGGGAUCAUAGAAUUUUGGUUUAUGGUGAUGGUUACAGUAACAUUCAGUUUAUCUGGAAAACACGGUAA